ACAAAAAAACUGAACUUCUAAAACAGUGGUGAUCUUGUAUUGCUUCAGACAGCACAACAGCAACAAACGUGUGCUCGACAUACCAGGGUUUACAAAACAGCUUAUAGGCCCAACAACAAUGGGGGACAUGCCUUCCUUAAGCCUUAACUCAGGGUCACAAAUUCCUUUGCUGGGGUUUGGUACCGGGGGCCUGGGACCACUGCGCCAGAUGUCGGACGCAGAAGCCGGGCGAGCGAUCGGCGCCGGGCUGGAGUGCGGCUUCCGGCACCUCGACACGGCCGCCUUCUACACGCCUUCUACAUCCUCGCAAGCCCGCCGGCAGAUUGCAUAUCCGAAAUCACAAGACAUUUCACUGAUCUCCCCGCAGCUUCCACCGACCGGCCUCCAUGAGAGCAAAGUGGAGGCGUGGAUGCUUCGCUCACUGGAACGCCUGAAGCUCUCCUAUGUGGAUCUCUAUCUCAUCCACUUCCCCGUCGCCAUGUUGGGCAACGACGGGGAGGUGGCGCCUCACACGACGGAGGACGGGCGCGUUCGCUUCGACCCCGAGGUCAGCCUGGAGAAGGUCUGGAAGGCGAUGGAGAAGCAGGUGAAGGCAGGUCGGGCCAGAGCCAUCGGUUUAUCCAACUUCAACAGCAACCAGAUUAGCAGGAUUCUCAAAGUAUGCGAGAUCAAACCGGCCGUCCUGCAGAUCGAGGUCAACGCAUACCACCAGCAGCGCCUUCUGCGGGAGUUCUGCGGUCGCCACCAGAUCCCCGUGUGCGGUUAUGCUCCGCUGGGGGCGCCCGGGACCCCCUUUAGCUCGAAGCUCCCGACGCUCAUCGAAGACCCGGCGGUGCUGGCGAUGGCCGGUCGCUACGGACGCUCGCCCGCGCAGGUGCUCCUCCGCUACCUCGUCCAGCAGGAGGUCGGCGCCGUUUUCAAGUCCGCCAACCCGGGGAGGAUGAGGGAGAACAUGCAGAUUUUCGAUUUUUCCCUAAAACCAGAGGACAUGAAGCUCCUUGAUAGCUUGGACCGGGGGAAAGAAGCAAGAAUUUAUACAAUGAAGUCAUUUAUUGGGGUCGACGAGCAGCCUGAGUACCCCUUCAACGCCCCCUUUUGAGGAAAAUGGAAACGCCAAAAUGUGGAGAGGAUGCCCAUUUUCUAUACGAAGUGUCUUCCCAUUUUCUUUUUCUUUCUUAUUUUUCUCACUCCCUUAAUCGUUUCUGUGUCUCAUUUCAUUCCUUCUUUAAGUUCGUUCCAUCUGUUCCUGUCUACUCUUGUUUCCUCCUUUAUGUGUGUGUGAACAUGCGUGGCCGCGCUUGUCUGGGUGUGUGUGCGUAUAUUUCUCUCUCUCUCUCUCUCUCUCUCUCUCUCUCUCUCUC